AUGUCAUCGUUCAUUCUUUCGCACGACUUGCAUUUAAUGAUGUUAGAAAUUGGUGUGGAAAACAAAUUCUGGGAUAUGCAACAGACUUCGAUUAAUCUUCAAGACUUAUUAGCAUUAAUUAUUUGUGAUUGUAAAUGGUCGUUUGUCCCUUGGACUACGGCAUUUGACAAAGUCAUCUUAAAGAAGACAAUCGUCAUAUUUCGUAUGCUGGAUAACGAUUGGACAUCGUUGUCGCCAAAUCGACACGAUUCUCACCCUUAUCAAGGAUCUAAUUACGAGAAUGAAAAAUUUUAUGAUGGCAGUUCCGUCGUCUUUUCCAUGCUGACGGAUUUCUUCGAGAAAAAAGCGAACGGCGUUAAUGUCCAGUUAUAUGUUCGGAAACAAGUCUAUGAUGGGAACGUACACUUUGUUAGACGAGAACUUCCGGAACACCGCCGCCACAAUUUCGCUCUACAUUCGGAUCAGUUACCUCGGCAAAUGUCUCAUAACGGAGAUCACGCAAGUCAAAAGUAUACGCGGAGCAUUUUAUACUCGCGGAGACUGGAUGAGAAACAGCCGUAUUUCUCUCGACAGCUGACAUCGAAGGAACUUCAAAGCGGCUGUUGGGACGACGAUGGUUUACUUCGUGUUUCUUCUGGUCGUUUAAUAUGCUGCUGUGAGGAGCUUGUUAAAAAGGAGGUCGCGGAUUUAGUUAAGGAUGUUGCUGCAAUUAAAGAAGAACUCGAUAAUGCAAUUGUAGACUCUACUGCGAUGUCUGUUGCGAAAAUUGCUGAUUAUGGAGUAUUAGGUAAGAGAACAAAUGGAGGCACAGAUGUGAAUCGCGCUUGCAAAGGUGUAUGA